AUGUCUGAGUUCUACAAACACAAACAAACUGGCUCUCCUCACAGCGACCUGAUCACCAGCGAUCCACGAUUCAAAGUGGAACCUGGCAGCGGCCAAUUCCACCUGGAGAUACUAAAUGCACAAGUGUCAGACUCGGCUACUUACUACUGUGUCAGCCUGUUUUCCCAGGCGUUUGAGUUUUUGGAGGGCAUUACUGUCCUUGUGGACGGGUCGGGCUUCAAAACCGAAGGCGUCGCUAACCUGCCGGAGUCGGAGAACGCCCGGCCUGGCGGCUCUGCGGCGACACACUGCACGUUACGAAAUGGGCCCUACGACGGAGAGCACGGCUUUCACUGGUUCAAAGGCUCUGAAGACUCUUUCCUGAAGUUAAUUUACACCCACAAGAGCAGCGACAAUAUGAGUGACAAGAAAGCAAACACACACAGCUGUGUGUACGUCCUGCCUCUGAACGGCUUGGAUGCGUCUCAAGCUCUGGACUACGACUGCGCCGUUGCCUCAUGCGGACAGGUUCUGUUCGGAAACACGACUCACCUGGACUUAACAUACGACUCGGUCACCAUUUUUCUGAGUGCAGCCUGUGCGUUGACCUCUGCCCUCAGUCUUUUACUGGGUUUGUCUUUGUGCAAAAAACAAAAUGCGUAUCUUCAGCAGAGUCCCAACCAAAGCGCCAGUCAGCACAUGUGAAGAGCAGAGAAAAG